UGAAUCCCUCUUCAACCUUCUGUUCUUUGGAGGGGCACCUUCAAGCGGCUCCGUGGUGCACCGGUAGUGACUUCUUGAUCAACUGAAAACAUCGUAGAGUAACACUUGAACCCAGCGACAAUGUCGUUCCUGACUGUCAGUAGGCUAGCGCCUAAACUCCUCAAUUCAAAGAAUGCCACCUACUUCAUUACAGCUGCAAGAAACGCCAGCGCCUCCACAACAAACCUGAAGGACGUUCUGUCAGACCUGAUCCCUAAAGAACAGAGCAGGAUCAAGAACUUUAAGCAGCAGUAUGGGAAAACCAACAUAGGGCAGAUUACUGUGGAUAUGGUAUAUGGAGGGAUGAGGGGCAUGAAGGGUCUGGUAUAUGAGACUUCUGUGCUGGAUCCCGAUGAGGGCAUCCGCUUCCGAGGCUAUAGCAUCCCAGAAUGUCAGAAGUUAUUGCCCAAAGCUGAAGGAGGUGAGGAGCCAUUGCCUGAAGGCCUCUUCUGGCUGCUGGUCACAGGACAGGUGCCCACUGGGGAGCAGGUGAACUGGGUGUCGAAAGAGUGGGCGAAGAGAGCGGCGCUCCCGUCGCAUGUGGUCACCAUGUUGGACAACUUCCCCACCAACCUGCACCCCAUGUCUCAGUUCAGCGCCGCCAUCACGGCCCUUAACAGUGAGAGCAGCUUCGCACGUGCCUACUCUGAGGGCGUGCACAAGUCCAAGUACUGGGAGUAUGUCUAUGAAGACUCCAUGGACCUGAUCGCCAAGCUGCCUUGUAUUGCGGCCAAGAUCUACCGCAACCUGUACCGCGAAGGCAGUAGCAUCGGAGCCAUUGACUCCAACUUGGACUGGUCUCACAAUUUCACCAACAUGCUGGGCUACAGCGACGCUCAGUUUACUGAGCUCAUGAGACUCUAUCUCACUAUCCACAGUGACCACGAAGGAGGCAAUGUCAGUGCCCACACCAGCCACUUGGUGGGCAGCGCUUUGUCAGACCCCUACUUGUCCUUCAGCGCCGCCAUGAAUGGCCUGGCUGGUCCUCUUCACGGCCUGGCAAACCAGGAGGUGCUGGUGUGGCUGACCGCACUGCAGAAGGAGCUCGGAGGGGAGGUGUCAGAUGAGAGGAUGAGGGAUUACAUCUGGAACACGCUCAAAUCCGGAAGGGUGGUGCCAGGCUACGGUCACGCCGUCCUGAGGAAGACGGACCCUCGUUAUACCUGCCAGCGCGAGUUUGCCCUCAAGCACCUGCCCAAUGACCCAAUGUUCAAGAUGGUGGCUCAGCUCUACAAGAUUGUCCCCAAUGUGCUGCUGGAGCAGGGCAAGGCCAAAAACCCCUGGCCCAACGUGGAUGCCCACAGUGGCGUUCUGCUGCAGUACUACGGAAUGACAGAGAUGAACUACUACACGGUGCUGUUUGGUGUCUCACGGGCUCUCGGUGUGCUGGCCCAGCUCGUGUGGAGUCGAGCCCUGGGCUUCCCGCUGGAGCGCCCCAAGUCCAUGAGCACGGAUGGACUCAUGUCUCUGGUGGGCACCAAGUCGGGUUGAUCGCCGACUGCGCUGGGAGUUGUAGUGGUGAGCGGAGGUGCAAAGGUGACAGAUUACCCCCCCAAACCUUCCCUGUCCACCCUUCCGAAUCCUGAGGGAUUGAAAGACUAUACUUUAAAUGUCAUUACAUACAAAAAGACUCUCCUCUCGCCACUGCUAGUUGUCCAGCUGCCUCCUCGGGAGGUGAAACUUCCACUCGCGUAGAAAUAGAUACCCACCUGAGAUUUUAUUUUUUAAGCUAGCCUCGCAAGGCCUCACUCUAAAUCAAGCGUGACACUCAAAGGGAAUUGUGGAAGUCAAUUGCACUUCCUCUGUAGUAUUUGUUUGAGUGGCUAAAGCCAAGUCCCCCAACAAUCUGUUGACAUGUCGCUUUGGUUUCUUCUAUGCAUCGCCCCUGCCAUUCUUCUGCCGUUGGCAACGUUUCACUCCCAUUUAUGAGCACUCCCGUUUUCACCAUUCUCACCGCAAUCAAGCUGUUUGAAAGAAAAAAAAAAAUGAAACUUGGGGAGAAACUAAGAUAAUGGCGCUUUCAAUCUGGAUCUAUAUUUUUGUUAUUUUUAGUGCUGGUCUGUCUUCCCUCUAUGAUCAAAAUAACCAUCUUGUCUUUGUCUGAACCCGGCCGGCACUGUUUUAAACUGGCAAUUGGCACAGUGGGCAAGCGGGUGGGCCGUAGUGACGCAAAAGAGCAAGCGUGAAUCCAAAGCAGGUUUGGGCUUUGUAAUUCUUUAUGUCCGUUCAUGUUAGUUGCUUUUUGCUUUUCCUCCACACGAGAGCGUUUUUUUCAACAUCGACUAGUCCAAAAUCAGCAUUUACUCGAUUGAUUUGAUCUUGUCAUUUGAGGCCAGAGACCCUAAUAUGUAUCGAACUAUCAUGCUUGGGUCGUGUCGUGGUUUUUUACUUUUAUUUAUACUUUGUGUACAUAGGUUAUAUAUAUGUAUAAGUUCUGCUCGUAACAACCACACCGAGUACCAACUGUGUCAUAGUUCAGUCUCUCGUGUAGAAACCGCAGCUAUCUUGUACAUACGUGUUUUUGCUCAUUUGUUCCGGGUGGUUUCGAGCUUGCUCUCGAGCUCCGCUGCCAAGACAGCCUGCCCACCUGUGACUUUGUGUGUCAACACUCCAUUUUUGCUUCUCCAAAUCCUUCCUUCUCUUUCUCUCUCUCUCCCCCGCCACUCAUGUCUAUUGCCUCGCCGCAUUCGUUACUUUGAUCAUAGAGGAGCAGGAAGGUCGUAAAUGAGAAUGAAAUGUAAGGUGGGUUCAUCAGAUGCGCUUCAGGGGGCAGGAUGGGUCGGACAGGGCAAUAAAUACUGAAAAACAUGACUCAAAACGGAAAAAAAAAAGGAAAAAUAAAGGUUUUUAUUAACACUG